AUGCAAACAUUGUUUGACUAUCACGAAGAUGGAUGUCCAUGGUACUACUUUGAUAGUUCCUAUAAAACAUUACUGGGCGCGUGUCUUAUUAUCUUCGGUGUAUUUGGGGUGCUGCUCAACGGCUGGCUUUUUGCCACGUUCAUCCACAGUCAUUUGCUUAUUUCGAAAAGUCAUAUACUUGUACUCAAUCUUUGUUCGGCAUCACUUGGCAGAAAUCUUCUCGGUUCUCCAUUUUCGGGAUCGUCUGCUAUUGCAGGAAGAUGGAUAUUUGGGUCAGCGGGCUGUCAAUUAUUCGCAUUCUUAAAUCAAUUUUUCGGUAUCUUUCAAAUGAGCGCUUUACUUGCAUUAGUAUUAGAAAGGUAUUUGUUAGCAAGACGCUCUAGACGAGAAAAAACUUUAUACUUUAGAUUUUACUGGAUCAUCGCUGGUGUGUGUUGGCUUAUUUCUGUGAUAUUUGCAACGCCACCUUUAUUUGGGUACGGAGUAUAUUCAUGCGAUUCAACCGAUACAAUAUGCUCUUUUCUUUGGCCAGCAUCAAGUGCAAAACAAUUGGGUUUUAGUAUCCCAUAUGUCAUCUUAUGUGGCUUGGUUCCGCUAAUAGCAAUAUUUCAUUUUAUGGGCAAGGCUGUGCGAUUGGAGAGAAUUUAUUACAAAAAUGAACAAUUAAGAGAAGAAAAACGAUUAACGAGGAGUAUCCAUAUAGUUUGUGUUGCAACGUUGGCGUUAUGGAUCCCUGCCGGCGUGCUCGCAGGCUGGCAGUGGGUGCCGCUUCUUAUCUACGGUUAUAGACCACACGUACCACCUACGCUCUCUUUAUUGGCGCCGAUUGCAUCAGAGGCGGCAACCAGCAUACCAGUUUUAUGUUAUUUAUCGGGAGAUGAGAGAUUGCGAGCUGCAUUGCUAGGGCGCAUGCGCAAACAGUAUGGCCUCCUUCGACCAGACCGAGCACAGCGGUACAUCAGAGCCUAG